ACCCCAUCUGUCCCUCCUCUUCCUGUUUGUUACUUCCGGUCUGCUCCGCGCCACCCGGAAGUGUUCAGUGAGGCGCCGCGGUCGUCAGGCAGCGCAGCCAUGGCUUCCGUGCGGGCACCGGUGGCGCGCGGCGGGGCUCGGCCAGCUCCUGUAAGGGCCCCCGCGCCGCCUGAGCCCAUGAAGAGCAAACCAUCAGAGGAGGGCGAUGCUCCCCCUGCCAAGAGAGCACCCAUCUUCUAUGGCAGCCUGGAGGAGAAGGAGCGGGAGCGGCUGGCGAAGGGGGAGUCUGGGAUGCUGGGAAAGGAAGGAAUGAAGGCCGCCCUCGAGGCCGGCAACAUCAACAUCAGCAGUGGUGAGGUCUUUGAUUUGGAGGAUCACAUGAGCGAGCGGCAGGCAGAAGUCUUGGCUGAGUUUGAGCGCAGGAAGCGAGCCCGGCAAAUCAACGUCUCCACGGAUGACUCUGAAGUGAAAGCCUGCCUGCGAGCCCUUGGGGAGCCCAUAACGCUCUUUGGAGAAGGUCCUGCGGAGAGGAGGGAGAGAUUAAGAAAUAUCCUUUCAGUGGUCGGCACAGAUGCAUUAAAAAAGACGAGGAAAGAUGAUGACAGGUCUAAAAAGUCUAAAGAAGAGUAUCAGCAAACGUGGUACCAUGAAGGACCACGUAGUCUGAAAACAGCAAGGCUGUGGCUUGCGAACUAUUCGCUUCCCAGGGCAGUGAAACGUCUAGAAGAAGCCCGGCUGCUCAAAGAGAUUCCAGAGGCAACCAGGACAUCACAGAGACAAGAACUACACAAAUCUCUACGAUCCUUGAAUAACUUCUGUAGUCAGAUUGGGGAUGAUCGCCCGCUGUCCUACUGCCACUUCAGCCCCAAUUCCAAACUCUUGGCUACUGCCUGUUGGAGUGGACUGUGCAAGCUGUGGUCUGUGCCUGACUGCAACCUUGUUCACACCUUACGAGGACAUAGCACCAAUGUAGGAGCAAUAGUCUUCCAUCCCAAAGCCACUGUCUCCCUCGACAAGAAGGACGUUAACUUGGCCUCAUGUGCAGCUGAUGGUUCUGUCAAACUCUGGAGCCUUGAAAGUGAUGAGCCAGUGGCAGAUAUUGAAGGACACAGCAUGAGAGUGGCACGUGUGAUGUGGCACCCCUCUGGGAGGUUCCUGGGCACUACUUGUUAUGAUCACUCAUGGCGCUUGUGGGACUUGGAAGCUCAGGAAGAGAUUCUUCAUCAGGAGGGGCACAGCAAAGGGGUCUAUGACAUCGCCUUUCACACGGAUGGGUCUCUUGCUGGGACUGGUGGACUGGAUGCUUUUGGCCGAGUGUGGGAUUUGCGCACCGGACGUUGUAUCAUGUUUCUGGAAGGCCACCUGAAGGAGAUCUAUGGACUUAACUUCUCCCCAAAUGGAUACCACGUUGCAACUGGCAGUGGUGACAAUACUUGCAAGGUAUGGGACCUCCGCCAGAGGAAGUGCAUCUACACCAUUCCUGCCCAUCAGAACCUGGUGACUGGGGUGAAAUUUGAACCCAAUCAUGGUAACUUCCUGCUGACAGGCGCUUAUGAUAACACUGCAAAGAUCUGGACUCACCCUGGCUGGUCCCCUCUGAAAACACUGGCUGGUCAUGAGGGAAAGGUGAUGGGACUGGAUAUCUCCCUCGAUGGCCAGCUGAUAGCAACAUGCUCCUAUGACAGAACCUUCAAGUUGUGGACAGCAGAGUAGCUCAAAGGCACUGCUGAUGAACUGGGACAGAGAUGUUAAUAAUGCCUUUGAACUGAGACCUGGGUUUUUAUAUAUUAAAUUUUUAAAAAAGGAAA